AUGGCGGACCGCGGCGGCUGGCGGCCCCCGCGCCCCUGCGAGGCCUACCGCGCCGAGUGGGAGCUCUGCCGCAGCGCGAGGCACCGCCUGCACCACUACUACGCCCACGGCGGCCGGCCGGCCUGCGAGCAGUGGCGCCGCGACCUGGCCAGCUGCCGCGAGUGGGAGGGUUGCCGCAGCGCCGAGGCCCAGCGGUCCCUUUGUGAGAGCGAGCGGACCCGGGUCCAGGCGGCACAGAAGCACACGCUGGUGUGGGCCCUGCGGCGGAGCCCUCCUGCGGACUGGCACCUCCCUUUGUCCCAGGAUGAGAAGGACCAGUGA